CUCCGGCUUUGUGUGUAUGUGUGUGAGUGUGUGUGAGUGUGUGAGAGAGUGUGUGUGUGAGUGUGUGAGUGAGUGAGCGGGCGGGCGCGAGUGUGGCCGCCGCGGAGCGCGAGCAGGACCCGGCGGGCGCGCUCCCCCAGCCUCUCUCUCCCCGCCAGAACCAUGUCGGGCAGGUCGGUUCGAGCCGAGACCAGGAGCCGCGCCAAAGAUGAUAUCAAGAGGGUCAUGGCGGCUAUCGAGAAAGUGCGCAAAUGGGAGAAGAAGUGGGUGACUGUGGGUGACACGUCCCUGCGAAUCUACAAGUGGGUCCCUGUGACAGAGCCAAAGGUGGAUGAUAAGAACAAGAACAAGAAAAAGGGCAAAGAUGAGAAGUGUGGCUCAGAGGUGACCACUCCGGAGAACAGCUCCUCCCCAGGGAUGAUGGACAUGCACGAUGAUAACAGCAACCAGAGCUCCAUAGCAGAUGCCUCCCCCAUCAAACAGGAGAACAGCAGUAACUCAAGCCCUGCUCCCGAGCCCACCUCGGCUGUGCCCGGCGAAGGCACUGACACCAAGGCAGAUGAGACCCAGGCAGAUGGGAAGGAGCUCCCUGGGGCCGAAGAUGCUUCUGACGAGCAGAAUUCACAGUCCUCAAUGGAAAACUCGAUGAACAGUUCAGAGAAAGUAGAACGGCAGCCAUCUGGAGACGCGGGUCUAGCUGCAGAGGCGUCCGCAAUCUCUCAGGUACCUCGAUCGAGGCCUCAGAGGGGCAGCCAGAUCGGCCGGGAGCCCGUUGGGGUGUCGGGGGACUUGGAAGGAGUCCCACCCUCUAAGAAGCUGAAACUGGAGGCCUCGCAACAGAACUCUGAAGAGAUGUAGACACUACGUUCAGUCCUGCUGUCCACGUUCCACGGGAGAGCCAUCUGCAGGCUGAAUUCUAGAACAACUUCCCCCGAGCGAUUCCUCUCGGGUGCAGACAGAACUACUAACUUUCCAAGUUUACCAAGUGCAAAUCCAAGAAAACCCAGAACAGCGUAACUUCUCAGACACUGAAGAACUUUCUGCUGUGAAGCAAAACACUUGAGUCUCGAAGGGACCGUCCUUGGGAAGGCGGAGUCGACAGCACUCAGGAGGGUCUGCACACUGUCUCUGAAGCCAAGAUUACAUUUGUGUUGCUGCUGUAUUGUUUCGUUCCCCUCUCCGCCACCCCCCACUUCUCUAUUUAACGAUAUAAGCUAUAUUUGAGGGUGGUGCCGAUCAGGAAAUCGGUUUUCGUCGGGGCAUUUCACUGUUCAGCCGAUUCCUUCCGCUUUCUUUUUUUGUGCCUUGUGCCCUUGAGGUGACCUCUGGCAUGUUUUCCCGGUUGUUUUGCAUCUCCCUUUGCAAAGUGCCCUCGGUUUUGUCCAGGCAGCCGGUGCCACCGUCCUCAACAUCUCUCCCCUCCCUGACCCGGGACUUCAGCUGGAGCGGAGCAGGCAGGGAGGAGGGGAAACUGAGGCCUCGGAAGAGCAGGACCUCCUUGGCCACCUGAUUUGCAGGUGCGGAGGGAGGGUGUUGAGCACGCCCUGGGGCCUGGGUCCAAGGUCCGAGGAGUCUCGAUGUCGUCGUCGGGGCACUGUCCCCGGGGCACUGUCCCCGAGGGCGGGCCACUGGAUGUGCUCUCACUUCCUCGGGGCAUCUGAGGCCGGUGUUUCCAAGCCCACCGUGGCCCAGACGGAUACACGGAACCCUUAGAUUGUUCUGGCACUUCCACCCUCUAUCCCCACCAUACCGCUUUCUCCCACACCUCCGAAGACGACAUGGCUUCUGUGGCUGACUGCAGGAUCGUCUCCUUAGGACGAUGAAGGGGCUGAGGAGGCUGGGAGCAGAUGGCAAGAGUAGCCGGUGCUGAACUUUCUCUCCUAGCGUGUUGCCUGGAUUUCAAAUCCACAGUAACCUGCUGCCCUCCGCCUCCCCGGCUCCUCUGGGCUCCCCCCCCCCCACACCCCCCAGGGGGGGAGGGGAGAUGGCAAAGCGUUCCUGACUCUUCAGAGCCAACAACAGUCCAUCGCCUCUCGCUCCCAGGAUGCGCUGAUGGUCCCCACUGGGGAGCAGACACUGAUGAUUGGGCCUCAAAGGCCAGAAACAAGGCACCGGGGAGCAGAAAGCUCUAUGCUCCUCCAGAAAGGGGUGAUUGAGCCCCCAUCCCCUGGCCUCCGUCCUGUGCCUGUGCCGGGACAGCUUCCUCUCACUCAAACGGCGGUGCCCCCCGUGGACAAACCGCCUGAUCGUUUGGUUCUGAGGCCUGGUUUGCUCUUAAUUCCUAGAUGGACUCCUCGGACCUUAACCCUUUUCCUGAGCUUUCUUUACUGCACUGGAGUUCAACUUCCUUUGAGUUGUGUGAGGGGGUGGGAGGGUUGAGGGGGGGUUAUUUUGUUGUUGUUUUGUGGUUUUUUUGUUUUCGUUUUUGUUUUGCUGAUUGGUGCAUAUAUUCAGGUACCACCUUUGACGUGUGGAUCUCUCUCCUGACCACCAUGGGAAGUGUCUGCCAGAUUCCAGUUUCUAAGUUUCUGAGGGUGAGGCUCUUACUUUUUUUUUUAAGGGAGCCAAUCUAUUUCCUGCACUUCAAGAAGAAUCAAAAUGUUCCUGAAUUUCAAAUACCUCAUGCAAAAAUGUCUCCUGAAAUAAGGGAAAAAACAAAACAAAACAAAACAAAAAAAAACACAACAAACUUUGAGAAUCUUAAUGUUGAAGUUCGAAAUGCCGAAAGGUUUCUGUCUUAAAAAAAAAAAAAAUCCUUCUCAAUUUUGCCCCUCAGGCAGUCAGUUCUGUGGAGAACUGUGUUCUGCGUUACCUCUCAGCAUCUCUCAAGGCGGCUUUACCUCCAGAUCCUCUAGAGCUAGAGUAACUUAACUUUGUUUCUUUGCGGCAAAACUCCAUUUUGAUGAAAGGUGAAUUUGGAGAUUUGUCUCCUUUCUUUUUUGGGAAAUGAGAGGUUAGGAGCAAGACAGCCGGAGGAGACCCACACGCGCAUCCACAGGAACGGCAAGUCGGCCGGGGUCCCCUGGGCGCCUUCCGGUUGCGGUGCCCUCUCUGGACGGGCAAGGGGAGUCCACGCGGGUGAGGACGGAGACCACAUCCACGAUACCGAGGCUGUCAUUAGUUUUUCUCUGAAGUGCCUGAUGAAGGUAGGAAGGGGCCCGUGGCCGGGGACCCACCCGGCCCCGCCGCGGCCACGCCAGGCAGAGCGCCAGUGGCCCCGCACGCAUCGCUGGCCGGGAAGGCCUCCCGCGCGGCAUCGUUAGACUGCAAAAAUCCACACGUGCUUCCUUCCCCGACGCGGUCCGCUCCUCGGAGCCACUGUUGCCCACCCACCCUGCGCCCCUCGCCCUCCUCCCACCACAGAAUCUAAGACCUUUCAGCCGACCGAGCCAGGGGCGGGGGUCCUCAGCAGAUGCCUUCCGCGGACACCAGGCCCUGUGGCCUAAAGGGCUCCCAGGGCAACCUUACUCCCCGCCACACACGAAGUCGGGGAGGCUUCGGCUACACAUUCCACAAAGUGCUGGCACUUUUACACCCAGAACCUGGAGGGCAGUUGACCGAUCUAUAGGGUGGUGACCUCUCAUUACAAACGAUGUCAUGGUUUGGAAUGUUCAUUAUCGCCAAGGACCUGGUUAGAGGUAUAAAGACCUUUUUUCACAGUUACCUAAUUUUUUUUUUCCUCUUACGUUUUUUUUUUUCUUUCUUUUUGGCGUGUUGUACAGCAGUAUAAUUUUUCACUUAUUUAUUCCAUCAGUAGAUAUGGUUUGUACAAUGUACAAUGGUUCCAUUUCAGAAAAUAAAAAAAAAUUCAAAUCA